AUGGGUAUCAAAGUAAUUCGAUUUAUUCAGGCUAAUCGGUUCUUAAGGAGGUCUUCAACACCCGGAGGUGUUCCAAAAGGUCAUUGUGCAGUAUAUGUAGGAGAGAGCCAGCAGAAGAGAUUCGUCGUGCCAGUAUCAUACUUAAGCCAGCCUUUAUUUCAAGACUUGUUAGCUAAAUCCGAAGAGGAGUUUGGCUUUGAUCACCCAAUGGGUGGUCUUACAAUACCUUGCAAAGAGGAUGUGUUCGUUCAUCUUACUUCCCGAUUAAGAAGAUCAUAA